CUGUACUGGUUUUUCUUUGAUUAGGCUCGAUACGGGUCUGAAGAAUUCCAGCCGGGUUCAGCUAGCACACAGUAACUGGCAAGCUCCCCUCCUGAUACCUUCCCCCCAUCUGAAGCCGGCAUCUACCGCUGCAAGUCAUCCGUGGUCUCGACGAGGUUGCCCAAUAGAGACGAGGAAGCGCCGAGGGCAAGGAGGCAGUCAGGCAGGAGCAGCAGGAGCAGCUUCCAUUUCCAUCAACUGGCACGACUGGCACUCAACUGGCGCCCCUCCUUAGAGGUAGUGCUGCCACAUCCCACAAGUCAUCCGUACCCGAGACUAGCCCGUAUCAGCUAAUGGCCCUUCGCCUCAAAAGAGGACAAUCUUUGUGUUGCUUUCCCGUGCCUCUUCCACAAAUGCGUGCUUUUGCUUCUACUUCUUCUGCAACCACAAAGCUGCUGCCCCUGCUACCCUACCGUCUUCUCGUGCGACCAUCUCCCAACCGUCCCGCCCACGCCCACGCCAACGCCCACGCCCACCAGAGCGGGCUCUCCUUUCAUCAGCGUCAGACCAACACCUCUUUAACAAAGCCCACCACACAAGUUCGCGAAGCUCGGAGCACAAGCAGCGCUGCCUUUUCUCUCAUUGCUACUAGGCAACUGAGAGGCACCCGUAAUACAACCACCAUGGCGGGCGCGAGUGCGUCAACCGACAGCCCUGCGGGGUCAGAUCCCCUCCAUCCAAAGGUCAAUAUGCCGCGAAUGGUCUACGGCACAGCCUGGAAGAAGAACCGCACUGCCGACCUGGUCUACCAGGCCAUCAAGGAAGGCUUCCGCGGUAUCGAUACGGCCGCCAUGAAGCGACACUACAGCGAGGAGCUGACGGGUGAGGGCAUUCGAAGAGCCAUCAAGGACGGAAUCGUCACCCGGGAGGAACUAUAUAUCCAAACAAAGUACACCCCCCACGACGACGCCUUCCUAGCCGAACCCGCCCUCUACCCAACCAUAACCUCACAAGUCCUCGCCUCCGUGACCUCCUCCCUGCGAAACCUCGCCCACACCGAGUCCGAAGAGGACACAAGCUACAUAGACUGCCUAAUAAUGCACUCCCCCUUCCCCGACCCUGUCUCCACGCUCGAGUGCUGGACGGCCUUACAGUCCUUCGUCCCGCACCGCAUCCGCUCGCUGGGCAUCUCCAACAUUACCCUCCCGGAGCUGCAGUACCUGGUCGCCGACCCGCGCGUGACCGUGUACCCGACGGUGAUCCAGAAUCGCUUUCGCCGCGCUGAGCGCCGGUGGGACUACGAGCUGCGCCGGUGGUGCGCGAACCAGAACAGCACGCGCUGGAAGGGCGAGAAGAGGACGCGCUACCAGGGCUUCUGGACGCUGACGGGGAACAGGGCCGAUUGGCCGACUCAGAAGUUUGUGAGGGAGUUGGCUAUGGCGGUGCCCAAGACGGCGCAGGAGGUGGAGGCGCUGGAGGCGGAGGCGGCGGCGGCGGCAGAAACAGAAGAACAAAAAGAAGGGGAACAAGAAGGUGGGGGUGGUCUUGUUGACGGAGAGCCAGCAGGGACAGGGGAUCUUCUUGAGAGCGGGGAUGGGGAGUUGGGGAUAAGUCUGGAAGCCGCCUGGUAUGCGCUGAUCAUACUGGGAGCGGACGUUGUGGUUCUGAACGGGACGACAAGCCAACAACACAUGAGGGACGAUCUGGAAUGUUUAGAGAGGGUAGAGAGGUGGAAGAAGACGCCCCAGGGGAAAAAAGCGUGGGAUAGGUGUUUUGAGGGGUUCAAGGCGUUGGUGGGGAUGCCGCCUCCUUGACCUGUGUCGGGUGUGCGUGUGACCAAAAAGGGGUGAGCGAAUGGGCAUGAUUGGUGGGUGAUAUGUAAUAGAGGAUGGAUCUUAGGCGGGAGUCCGUGGAUAAGUUAUCUGACAUACUG